AUGGAUUUGAGUAAGAAACUGUCUUCUGGUGAUCAUGGGCUUGAUUGGAGCCAGAACUCCGUCACACCGGAGCCCCCAAAACCUCUUCCACCGAGGCGGCACCACCACCAACCACCAAAAUCAGAGCCUUUGAAGUGUCCAAGGUGUGAUUCAACAAACACAAAGUUCUGUUACUUCAACAAUUACAACCACUCCCAACCUCGCUAUUUCUGCAAAGCUUGUAAGAGGUACUGGACUAAAGGUGGCACUCUCCGCAAUGUCCCUGUUGGUGGCGGUCGCAAAAACAAACGGCUCAAGACAUCACACGCCGCCGCCGCCANUUAUGUUUUGAUAACCUUCCCAGGUAUGGAUUUGAGUAAGAAACUGUCUUCUGGUGAUCAUGGGCUUGAUUGGAGCCAGAACUCCGUCACACCGGAGCCCCCAAAACCUCUUCCACCGAGGCGGCACCACCACCAACCACCAAAAUCAGAGCCUUUGAAGUGUCCAAGGUGUGAUUCAACAAACACAAAGUUCUGUUACUUCAACAAUUACAACCACUCCCAACCUCGCUAUUUCUGCAAAGCUUGUAAGAGGUACUGGACUAAAGGUGGCACUCUCCGCAAUGUCCCUGUUGGUGGCGGUCGCAAAAACAAACGGCUCAAGACAUCACACGCCGCCGCCGCCACCGCCACCAAUAGGGGUAGUCCCAUACAACUUGGUGGUCAUAAAAACAUGUCUGAUAUUCUUUACCAGGCCUUAAUUCCUCCACAGUCUUCAUUACAACAUGAUACAAUCAACGCCUUUAAUGGGAAAACUUUCAUCGGAAGCCAAAAUCAAAAUUUAAAGUUUUCAAUCUCAAAUUUGAGCUCUUUUGACGCAAACCCAUCUUCAGUAUCCACCACUUUUCGAUCAAUGAAUGAGUAUGAUUUCACUGAAAAGCUUGAAACUAUGGAGGAUUCAACAAUCACCACCACCACCAUGUUCAGCUCAAGCAGCAACUUUGUUUCUCAGCCAUGGCACAUUCUUGACACAAGCAGUGUCAUGGAGGUGCCAAACUACUGGAAUUGGAAGGAUUUCGAGAUGUUAUCAGCUGAUCUUAAUAUACCUUGGGAUGAUACUGAGAUCAAACCUUAA